AGUUUCCUAAAGUAUGUAUAAAAUGGAAUAAUAUACUCAGUGAACGUUUUGACCACAGGUAAAUUGUACCGUUUUUUCUUCUACUUAACAAAAUUAAUCAAUGAUGAAACCAUUUAUUUUUAUUUUAUUUUUCAGUCUCUCAGUGUUUCAAAAUGGAUAUGCAUGUUUUUUAUGCAAAUUUGGAUUAAAACCUUUAAAUACAUCGGUUAUAGUAACAAAAUCAAACAUUGAUAGACCCAAGACACUACAUGAAAUGACCGUGGAAAUAGAAAAUUCAAUAUCAAUAAAAACUAGCUCGGAGCAUCAUACUACCAAACAUGACACGUUAACCCCUAUAAAGUGUGCAGAAGACUUUAUAAAAUGCAGUUCUCAAAAUUCACUGGUCAACUCGUCGCUGGACGAAAAAAAAAAGAUCAUUGUAGCCACCAUAACGUCGUUGCACGACCAUAUGGUGGUUCCACUGCCACCUGAAAUGGUCAUCAACUUAUUCAACAUGUUAGCAUGUUCACCACCAGAAUUAUUUUCCAUGAUUCCACCUCAAUGCAUGAAUUCAGUAGUAUUAAUAUUAUCAAUUAAUCAAUGCGCACUGGGCGAAAUCCCCCCCAAAAAUAUAGUAUCGUUUUUAAACGGAUUACUUUCACUAUCCCCAGGGGUCUUGAACAACAUCCCGAAAGCUAGUUUCAUUUCAAUAUUAGGAAUGGCAUCUUCUACUGAAAUUUUUAACAACUUAACUCAUUUAUCGGCAAUGAAUUUGAUUACUGUGCUUUCGAUGUCAAAAUCGACGGUCAGUUAUCUGCCUUUGCCGACUUUAAUUUCGUUAUUAAAUUUCAUAGAAUGCAAAUCGUUUAAGGAACUAUUGAAUAAAUUACCACCUUCAACUACUUACGGUUUUCUGGAAGGGUUGUUAGUCACACUUGAUGGCUCUUCGCCUUUCCUGAUAAAUACAAUACCGACAUCGGUACUUGUUUCAAUAAUUAGUCCUAUAAUGACCGCUAGAUGGUUGGGCGUAAUGUCGAUAGAUAAUUUCGACUUGCUGAUAUCCGUUAUGGGUUCAUCACAUAAGCUCUUAAAAGCUUUACCACCAACAAAUUUUGAUUCAAUUUUCAGUAUUUUAAUAAGUUCACCAAAAAUAUUGAGUUCCUUAAAACCAAACAAUGUGAACAAAUUACUAAUCACAUUGGCAACAUGUCCAUCAAUACUACAGAAUAUUCCUUUAAAUCCGAUGCACCAAUUAUUAAAUGCAAUAAAUGAUUAUUUACCCUCUUCAUUAGUUUGCAUUUCUGAAAGUGAAUUUUCAUUGUUGGUUAAAGAAAGAAAUUAGUAAAUAUCCAAGUAUUUUUUCAUGCCAAAUAUAAAUAUAUGAUAUUUUAUUUUUAAUUAGCUCGAACAUCUGUGUUAUACCUAUUUGUAUUUUAUUCUUAAAGUGUUUUGUAUUACAAAUUUAUAUUAAACUUUCUAUGUUGUUGUCGUUGUAUGGCUCCUUUUUAAAAUAUAUUAAUCUAAGUAAUACGCAAUUUGUUAUUUAAUUUGGAUUUCUAAUAUAUUUUUUUUUAUUUUAUAUAAUUAAUUAAAAGUUCACAGCAGCUUUAGCUGAUCAUUGCGAUUCAAGUUAUAUUACAGCAAAUUUUCUAAAUUAUAUAAUUUGUAUGGAUAGAUAUAUUUAUAUUUAUACCUAUUACAAUUUUUAUUUGUAUCAAAAAUAUUUUUUUUUUAUUAAAUAAUUUGAAUGAAACAAAAUAACAAUAAUAAAGACAAAUUUAAAAUAGUA